CUGACACUCAUGGCGUGACUCCUGGCGUGACCCAUGGUUGCGUGUACUAAUGGGCGCCGAGAGCCCGGACUCCGGGCCGCUGCUCGGAGCUGCCGCUUGCCUCGAGUCGCUACUAUUGCUGCAGCGGCCACUACUAGCCUCUGCGACCCACCCGUGAUGCCUUGCGGUGCUUUCGGCGAUUACUUUUAUCCCUGUCGAACCUUCGGCUCAUACACAGUCGGUCUCUGCCUGUCGUGACCCUCGUAGUUUCUGAGUGACUCUCGCCUCGCGUAUCUACCCGGUUCAUAUUUUGGAGGCGCCUCAAAAUAGACUCGCGGGGAGCGUAUCUACCCACUUUCUCAGGGGAGAGCGUGUCUGCGGAGCGUAGUACCCGUUCUCAGUCGAUACAUACUCCUUGCAGCAUAGUGGCAGCGUCGUCGUGGGCCGUCCACCUCCUCGUGAUAAUCUUACUUUUGAGGCGUCUCAAAACUCCUUGCGUAGUACAACGUCGUGGGCCGUCCACCUCCCCGCGAGAGAGCGAGCGCCGUCAGCACUUCAAUUGUGCGAUUUGCGGCAAGUGUUUUCUGCGGGUGUUCCUCAGGACUUCCUCAACAGAUCCGCUUUUGAGGCGACUCAAACGCAGACUUCCUCAACAGAUCUGCUACAAUGAAGAAGGGGCCCGCCGACCGAGCAGACGUGCGACGCGGCUUCCCGCCAACAGGCAGAGCCGGACUUGUGCGGCCGUUCUUGAGCGGCCUUCGUCCCUCCUCGCUUGCCGUCGUUGUCUUGCUGACGCUCACCGUCGGCGGAUCCCAAGGUGCAGCCACGGCAGCAGCCACGGCAGCAGCAACGGCGGCAGGAUCGGCGGCAGGAUCGGCAGCAGCCGAGGCAGCGUGCGAGGGAUCGGCUUGCACACUGCAAGUGUCCGGCUCGCUCCCUCCAGAGCACGCGCUCUUCCUCGCGCUCAACCACCUGCGCUAUGCGGCCGGCGCCCCGCCCGUCUGCAACUCCACUGUGCUGCGGGCAGUUGCCCGGGAAUGGCUGCGCAACCUGUGGCUUGCAGGACUCACGCCUGAGUGCGGGAAUGGGUCACUGGGCCCUGCUGCUGCAGCAACAUCAGGCCUGAGCAAGGAAACUCCAGAGUGCUACCACUCGCCUCUGCUGCCCCACGUGCGGAAGGAGUACACUCGGCACACUCCAUUCAUCACCUCCUUACACUCCCUCUUCAGAACCUGCAAUCAUUCAGACCGGAAGAGCUCCCCCUUAAUUGAGAAUGGCAGUGCUGCUGACGAAGCAGCCAGGGCUUUUGUGCAGUCUACGCUUGUGAAGCUGCACGCCGCUUCCUCCGCCCCCGCUGCUUUAACCGACUACUUGACUUCCGACGUGGGGAUCUACAUCAUGGAAGGCUCGGACAUAGUACCGGCUCCACCAGAAGAUACGGAGCCUUACGAGGACGAGGCGCGUCCAAGUACGGCAGGCGUGCAUGGAGGUAGUAGUACUAGCAGUAGUAUCGGUACUAGUAGUCUAUCUGUAUCAAAGGACGUUGAAGAGGAGAAGGAUGGGGAGCGCAAUUGGUGGGUGGCCAUGGUGGUUGGGCAGACGGGCAAAGGCUCGCAGUCAUUCUGUGAGGUUCGGAGCCAGGUGGUCAGCAUCCCAGGCCGUGCCAUAUUGGUCUGAGCAGCUUCAAGGAUGAACAGGGCAUGUGAAUUGUGAUGCGGGGUAAAAUUGCAGUACGGGUUGGAUAAACGCUGUCCAAGUAUGGAACAUGACGUGUGUGAAGAUGGCUCAGGGUGUUCUGCGCAUUUGAAACGAAAUUCUGGCACUCGUAAAAACUACAAAAAACACGCUGGAAUGCAGGGGUUG